UGGCGCGGCCAUGGCGAGCUCGGAUAUGUGGCCGUCCCUGCUCAAGUAUGGGAAUGCCAGUGUCAUUCUCACCAAGGAAGCUGCAAGCCCCAAGAGAAAGGUAUCCUCCCCCUCUCGAUAGGGUUCUUACGUCCUUCCAGGGUUCCAAGCAAGCGCCGGCAGAGCCAAAGCCGCUUGCGACACAGCAAACGGAGGACAUUCUUGAUGCGAUUCUACCCCCGAGGCAAUGGGUUGAGGACGGGCAGCAAUGGAUCCAGAAGGUGUCCAGUACGCCUGCGACUCGGCUGGACGUUAUAAAUCUCCAAGAAAAACUGGAUCAAGAAUUGCAACGCCGGCAGGCACGCGAGACUGGCAUUUGUCCCAUCCGAGAGGAGCUCUAUGCUCAGUGCUUUGACGAGUUGAUCCGGCAAGUGACUGUUAACUGUGCAGAGCGGGGGCUUCUUUUGCUUCGGAUCCGCGACGAGCUCAGGAUGACUAUUGCGGCAUAUCAAACACUCUACGAGAGCAGUGUUGCCUUCGGAUUGAGAAAGUCAUUGCAGGCUGAAUGCGGCAAAGCCGACAUGGAGAAUCGCAUUCAGCAACUCGAAGGAGAGCUCAAAGAACUCGAUCGUCAAGUGGCCGAGUGGAAGAACAAGUGUGAGAUGACCGAGAAGCAAAACGCCGAGAAGAAAGCUUACGACGAUAAGAAGCAUGCCGAGGAAGUGGCAUACUACACUCGCUCGAACAAGCAACUCAAGGCCCAGCUUGAGGCCUUCCUUGCUCCGGCCAAGAAAUGAAACUCCCACAGCUUCUUCUUCUUCUUCUUCCACCAGUGUUCAGCGAACUACCUAAAAGUGCUUCUGGAAUGAAACACUCAAAAAACAAAAGCGCUGUGUGUGGAGAUCGGGGGGUGGGAACUUAGGAAGUCGAAGAUGGUGGUGGUCUGUGCGAUCAAGUCAUGGGACUGGGAAGGAUUUUCCGUGGCACAUACAUCGAUAGGUGGAAGGGCAAGCCUCCGAGUCUCGCGACUCGAGGCACAUAAAGCUGAUGGUAACUCUGAGACACGGCGAGCAAGGGCCACAGGCGUGAGAGCAGUCUGGGAGCGCCGAGCCAGCCAUCAUCGACAGCUCCUUGGAUCUGUUCCGAGGGACCUGGGGGCAGCAAUGGUCGCGUUAGAAACAGGAAAGCAGUGCUCGACCACAUUCUACCUCUUCCGCGGUGCUGUUGAUGGUGAUUUGUGCUUGGAUGGUUUUGCUCUCGUCGGGCACUGCUUGGCAAUGAACGAGAAGCAUGAGCUCAUCGGGAACAGGAACAUGAACUUAGACAAAGAACUUACGAGGCCGAUGUGUGGAAGAGAGCGGCAAGGUUGCGACGAGGACGAUGACGACGAGCAACAAGUGUAGAGGCGAUGGUUGGAUCAUCGUGUCGCAAAACGGAAAAGCUUGCUUUGAGCGAUCCAACCUGAGUCGAGCGGAAAAAGCGAUGGAAAGCUUAAAUACUCAAGCAAGUACAUUAUGCUCUUCACAGAUGGGGAGCUCCCGCUAUAAACGCGAGAGAAUUUGUGCACAAGCGGCAUAGCGGGUAUCAUAAACCGAAAAAGGAAUCUCAUUA